AUGGCGUUCGUCAUCAAACUGAAUGACGCGGUCGCGAGAUCGCCUGUGGGGAAGUGGUUCAAGCUCGAGGGGUCUGGUGCCAAAGGCGAGCGCGUUGGCUCUCGGUUUACGACCGAAAUCCGAGCAGGUAUAACGACAUGGGCAGCUAUGGCAUACAUCAUCUCCGUCAACGCCUCCAUCCUCUCCGACUCAGGCGGUACCUGCGUCUGCCCAACGAACGACCUGUGCAUCGGCGACCAGACAUACGAGCUCUGCGUCAACGAGGUCCGGCAGGAUCUCAUCACGUCGACGGCCGCCAUCUCCGCCCUCUCCACCUUCCUCAUGGGCGCGCUUGCUAAUCUCCCAGUUGGGCUGGCGCCGGGACUGGGGUUGAAUGCAUAUUUCGCAUACUCGGUCGUCGGAUUCCACGGGAGCGGGCUUAUCAGCUAUCGUGAGGCGUUGGCAGCUGUGUUCCUCGAGGGAUGGAUAUUCCUGUUCCUCUCCAUCAUCGGUCUCCGACAAUGGCUAGUCCGGAUUAUGCCCCAGUCGCUCGUGCUAGCGGUCGGUGCGGGUAUUGGUGUCUUUAUUGCGUUCGUUGGCCUUUCCCAGCACGGGUUGGGCGUCAUUGGUGGCGACACGGUGAACCUGGUCGGGCUCGGAGGAUGUAUAGCUGAGAAUUACGCCAGCGAAGACCUCCCAGGCUACUGCGCGCGCGGCGUCCUACGGAGUCCAACGAUGUGGCUAGGCAUCUUCCUGGGCGGCAUUUUCACCGUCCUGUUGAUGAUGUACCGCGUGCGCGGCGCCAUCCUCAUCGGCAUCAUCCUCACCUCGAUCGUCUCCUGGCCCCGCCCGACGCCCGUCACCUUCUUCCCGCAUACGCCCACUGGAGACGCUCUGUUUGAUUACUUCAAGCAGGUGGUGACGUUCCAUAAGCUAGGCAAGGUUGGGAAUGUUAUUGACUAUAACUAUGCGAACGGCCAUGUGUGGUACGCCCUCAUCACGUUCCUCUACGUCGACAUCCUCGAUACCACUGGUACUCUCUACUCUAUGGCCAAGUUUGCCGGUCUGCGCGACCCAGUUACGCUCGACUUCGAGGGGUCGAGCAUCGCAUACUGCAUUGACGCAUUCUCGAUCUCGAUGGGUGCGCUCAUGGGUGUCAGCCCCGUCACGGCGUAUAUCGAGAGUGCCACCGGUAUCUCUGAGGGCGGCAAGACAGGACUCACGGCCAUCUUCACGGGCAUAAUGUUCUUCAUCUCAGUGUUCUUCGCGCCCAUCUUCGCGUCGAUACCAUCUUGGGCUACUGGAGGUGCUCUGGUUAUCGUCGGGUCGUUGAUGAUUCGCAACGUCGUCGAGAUCAAUUGGCACUACAUCGGCGACGCCGUACCUGCGUUCCUGACGCUGCUCAUCAUCCCACUGUCGUACAACAUCGCAUAUGGUGUCAUUGCGGGCAUCAUCUCUUACAUGGUACUGAAUGGCAUUCCUCUCAUCCUGAAGAGGCUCUCAGGUGGACGGAUCGUGCCGCCCGAGUAUGACAUGGCAGAGGAGUGGGUCAUCCCUCCAGGUGGCAUUACGCCGCCUUGGGUUACUAAGCUCAUCAGGUGGAACAACCGCCGACGCGGCAUCCCAGACCCCGUGUCGGACGACGAGCGUGAGAUGAAGAGUCGUUCCGCGUCAGUGGAAAGCGUAAAUGAGAAGGCAGCAACGCCGCCUCAAGCUGACGCACCUGCUGCUACAUAA